AUGGCGCUGUAUCUGGGCUUCGACAGCUCCACCCAGAGCUUGAAGGCCACAGCAGUGCGAGCAGCGGACUUGCAGGCGCACUUCAAGACCUCCGGCGGCAUGACUCCAUCGGACGUACCUGCUCGCGUCACCUCACCGGUGCUGAUGUGGAUAGAGGCUUGGGACUUGCUCCUGUCGAAGAUGAAGUCGGACAGCUUCCCCUUCGCGGAGGUCGUCGCCACAUCUGGGAGCGGUCAGCAGCAUGGGUCCGUGUACUGGGCGCAGGGUGCCUCUCGCAUGCUGAUGGAGCUAGAUCCUGGCCAGGCCUUGGCGCCGCAGCUGAACGGCGCAUUCGCCCGUUUGGAAUCCCCGAUAUGGGCUGAUUCCUCCACAGGUGCACAGUGCGCUCGAAUCGAAGCGGCCGUUGGCCGCCAGACUCUCGCAAAGGCCACAGGCUCUCGGGCCUACGAGCGAUUCACGGGGAUGCAGAUCGCGAAGCUGAUCGAGGAGGAGCCAGUCAUGUACGAGAAGUGCGAGCACAUAUCCCUCGUCUCUUCAGCCAUGUGCUCCCUCUUCCUCGGGGCGUAUGCCCCAGUGGACACCUCCGACGGCUCUGGGACCAACCUGAACAACUUGCAGGAGCUCGGCGGCCUGACCUGGUACGACCCGGCACUGGCGGCUGCCGCCCCAGGCGGCGCAGCAGGACUUCGGGCGCGCCUCGGACCAGGGCUUUGCGAGUCGCACCGUGCAUUGGGCAGUGUGGCGCCCUACUUCGUGAAGCGGUAUGGCUUCUCCCCGACCUGUCUCGUCGUUGCCUGGUCCGGCGAUAAUCCCUGUUCUUUGGCGGGCCUCGGGCUGCAGGCACCUGGUGACGUGGCUGUGUCCAUGGGUACCUCCGACACUAUGUUUGCCAUGAUGGCCAGCGCUUCCCCCGGGGAGGAUGGUAUGGUGCUCCGAAAUCCCGUGGAUCCAAAUUCCUACAUGGGUAUGCUUGUCUUCAAGAACGGCUCUCUUGCUCGCGAGCAGGUCCUCAAAACAGUCUGCGGAGGUCAGUGGGAGACCUGGGCAAAGAUGCUGGCUGAGACGCAGCCGGGAAAUGGCGGGUCCAUCGGCUUCUAUUUCCACAGCCCUGAGAUCACACCGACCACGGGAGACCAGUCGGGGAUCUUCCGCUUCGAUGGCGAGGAGAAGGAAGUGGGGUCUUUUGCCCCAUCUACGGAGGUUCGCGCGGUCGUGGAAGGAAAGUUCCUGGCGAUGCGUGCUUUCGCACAGGGCAUUGGCAUGGACCCUGCCGAAGUCAAGCGAAUCAUCGCCACGGGUGGCGCAUCUUCGAACAAGGCGAUCCUGCAGGUCCUCGCCGAUGUCUUCGGAGUUCCGGUCUUCACACUGGACCAAUCCGACUCUGCCUCUCUGGGUGCCGCCCUGCGCGCCGGUCACGGCCUGCGCUGCUUGUCCUCGGAAGGAGGAUUCCUAUCCUUCGCGAAGUUCUUGUCGGGUGGAUCUAUCGAUUAUAAGUUGGCGGCGCAGCCAGCGCCCGGUGCAAAGGAAGUCUAUACCCAGCUUUUGCCACGCUUCCUCAAGCUGCAAGAGAAAGUGCUGAGCAGCCUGGGCCAUGGCAGUGCCAAGCGACAGAGGACCUGA